AUGCCCUAUGAGCCCCUUCCUUCACUCUUCACAGGCACUCUUGAGGAGGAGGUGGAGGAGGAGGAAGUGGUCGCACCUCCUGCUAUGCCCUAUGUCCCUACCUCAGUCCCCACCCCCAACCUCCUACAGUUGGUGUCGCCGUCUGUGAUGAUCACCGACGGGCAGCGCCUUGUCACUGAGCAGCUGCAGGACGAAAGCAGCAUGGAUGGAGUGCAGCAGAGUGGGGGACAGGAGACAGGGGAGCAGCAGACAGGGGAGCAGCAGAUUGGGGAGCAGCAAAUAGGGGAGGAGCAGAUUGGGGAGUAG